AUGUCCUCGCAAGCCCCCGCCUCGGUCAUCAUCGUGACCGGCAUCAACAAGUCCAUGGCCAAGAAGCAAGUCGACGACUUUUUCAGCUUCUGCGGCUCCAUCACCAAGCUCGAUCUCAUCGAUGAUGGUGCUAAUCACCAGAAGGCCGUCAUCGAGUUCGCAAAGCCUUCUGCUGCAAGCACCGCCCUAAUGCUCCAUGGCAGCUCCCUUGACGGUGCCAAUCUCUCUGUUGCGCUCGAAGGCGAUACAACCGCCGCCGCCAGCGCCACUGCAGCCACUGCCGCUCAGCACGAUGACGCACAGCCUGUCGGUCAAGAGGACAAGCCAAAGACCGCCAUCGUUGCUGAAUACCUCGCCCACGGCUACCACAUCUCGGACGAAAUCACAAAGCGUGCCAUCGAGCUCGACAACAAGCACGGUCUCUCCACCAAGUUCAAAGGCUACCUUUCCCAGCUCGACCGCUCCCUUGGUCAGAAACUCGAAAAGGCUGCGCCUGCACCUUCUUCAACUACUACCAGCAGGACCGAACACACGCCCAGCGGGCCUGCUGCACUCUUGUCGGCUACUGAAAAGGUCGCCGCCGCCAUGCCCGUGCCAGGCGAAGGCGCCUCCAUCGAAGGUCCCAAGACAACCACCACCGUUCCCGAGCCCGCGUCAGCCGCUAGCGCCGUUGCCGACAAGCAGGACCCUUCCUUCGCUCGCAAUCUUCAGCAGCGAGCUCAGGCCGUGCUCGACAAGCCCGAGGUCAAGUCCAAGACAGACUUUGUCUGGACCAAGCUUAGCGACUACUACAACGCCUUUGCCAACCACCCCAAGAUCCAUGACUUCUACUCGAAAACCUCCAAAACCGUCACUGACGUUCACGAGGAGGCUAAGCGUAUCGCAGAGAAGAAGAAACACGGUGCACCUUCGGGGACCGCUGGCACCUCUGUACCCACUUCGGCUCCCGCAACUGGUGCUAAGCAGAUGAGCGUCUCUUGGCUUGUCCUCGGCCUUGUCCUCUUCUCCACCCUCUCGCUCAAUGGUGUUGCUGCACACGACCACAAUGCCAUCUCCAACGAGCCCGCCGAGGUCGCUGGCUUCCAGCCCACCGACAUCGAGCACGAGAGCUACAUCCAGAGACACAUGCGCACCGAGCACCACAUCAACGCCUUCAACCUCGGCAGUGCCUUUGCUCUCCACGAUCUCGAUCGCAACGGCGUUCUUGAUCGAUCCGAGAUCGAGGCCAUCUACGGUGUCCACCACUCGGAAUCCAAGAAGCACUCGCCCACCCACGAGGUGCACGACGAGAAGGCUGACAAGAUCGUCGGUGCUGUACUUCGAGCCAUGGACAGGAACGGUGACGAUCUCAUCACCAAGAAGGAGUUCAUCGAUGCCGGUCCCAACGGCCUUCCCAUCUUCCCAGAGUACAACAUCGGUAGUCUUGGUCACCACUACGAUGAGGAGUCCGAGUUCUUUGUCCACCACGAGGAGCUUUACCACAACUCGCCCGAGACUCAGACGGACGAGAGCUACAACCACAAAGAGGAUCUCGAGCACUUUGCCAAGCAUGAUAAGAUCGAAGAGGAGGAAGAGCGACGUGAGCGCAAGGCAGAGGGUCUUCCCACCAUCGAGGAGGACGAGCGCCUUAAGAAGGCCGCUGCCGCGCGCGGCGAGAAGUACAUCUCGCCCUACGACCGGCAGCUCGCGCCCGAGGAGCAGAAGAAGGCACAGCAAGAGCAUGACCGGGCCCAGCUCGGUAAUGCUGUCCGCGAGGCAGAGGCUUCUCAGCAUGUCUUCCGAACGCCAUCGGGUAACCACAUUGUCAAGGAAGAGCAGAUGCUCUUCCAGGAUGUAGAGGUUGACAAUCAGGGUCGUCCCGCUCACCUACCUGCUGAUGGUCAUGCUGGCAAAUCCGGCGGAUCGGCGCCUGCUGCUGCUCAACAGUCCGGCGAGCGUCUACCUCACGGCGUAGCAGAUCGUGUACCAGGCGAGACCGUGGAGGGUCGACACCAGCGACUUGCGGCAGCCAAGUUAGAAGCUUUGCGAAGACCUUCGUACGGUCAGGGCGCUAAAGGUUUCGCAUAUCCCAAGGACGACAGUGAUCGAAUGCGAAAGGGAGCUCCCUACAAGUACCGUGUCAAGAAGCAGUCCUACUUUGGCGAGUUCUGA